UAGACGUUUUGCCACCAUAAUGAAAUUGUUUUUGAUAGUAGUGUUGGUUUUCAAAGAAAUUCAUGCGUUACGUGUUGACAAAGCACAUGUGAAAUCAGUGACCAAGCAUGGAAUUUCAAGUCUUAGAUUAUGCAUCCGUACUUGCGUUCAACUGAAGUCCAUACGGUGCCAGUACCUAAAAUACAACAAGGAAUCCCGACAGUGUUUACUGUCUGAAAGUAAAUAUGCUGACUUGGCAGGUUGGGUGGCAGUGAAACCAGAAAAAGAUAAGAAACUCACCCCUAUCUUGCUGAAAACCACGCACAAAGACAGCUGGAAUACAACGUUAUAUAAUGACAUCGUUACCAUGCUUGUCCAGUUGAAAAAAAUAUUUUACCUGCAGGAAAAGGGUUUGGAACUUCAGAAAUUGUUAUUUGGCACAGAGAACCUGGCAAUGACACAAUUAGGCCGAAACAUUUUGUCUCACACGGUUGUUUCCUCGGCCAGAAAAAAUUUACAGAAUCUCCAAACGAGGCUCAUGCAACAUCAGCGCCAAAUCACCCUGUCAUCCAUGAAAGUUUUAAAAUCAGCGUCCUUUCUGUUGAAUUUUAGUUGUGACAACCAUAAGAAAACUACGCUCAUGGAAAAUAUGAAUCGCUUGAUCGAAACGCUUCACCUUGACCAACGGAAUCUAACACGUGACAUUUUGCGUAAUCUUUUGAAGACUUUCAGGGCCUUACGGCCCUGA